AUGGCGAGCCAUUCCUACCGCAUCAGCUCCAGCUACGGGGCCAGGAACUUCAGCUCCUGCUCCGCCAUCGUGCCCAAGCCCGGGGCUCGCGGCUGCACCAGAGCCCUGGCCUCCUGCGGGGGCAGCCCUGGGGGGCCGGGCUACAGGCGCCUCGGGGGCUUUGGCAGCCGGAGCUUGUGUGCAGUGGGGUCCCCACAGGUCACGGUGAGCUGUGGACGGUCCCUACGCAUUGGGGGCAGCUUUGGCUACCGGGCAGGGGGCAUUUGCGGGCCCAGCACACCCUGCAUCACGACCGUGACUGUCAAUGAGAGCCUCCUGGCGCCCCUCAACCUGGAGAUCGACCCCAACGCUCAGUGCGUGAAGCACGAGGAGAAGGAGCAGAUCAAGUGUCUUAACAACAAGUUCGCUGCCUUCAUCGACAAGGUGCGCUUCCUGGAGCAGCAGAACAAGCUGCUGGAGACCAAGCUGCAGUUCUACCAGAACCGCAAGUGCUGCGACAGCAACCUGGAGCCGCUGUUCAGUGGCUACAUCGAGACGCUCCGGCGGGAGGCCGAGCUAGUGGAGGCCGACAGCGGGAGGCUGGCCUCGGAACUCAACCACGUGCAGGAGGUGCUGGAGGGCUACAAGAAGAGGUAUGAAGAAGAGGUGGCCCUCAGGGCCAUGGCUGAGAAUGAGUUUGUGGUGUUGAAGAAGGACAUAGAUGGUGCCUAUCUGCGCAAGGCCGACCUGGAGGCCAACGUGGAGGCUCUGAAGGAGGAGACGGGCUUCCUGCAGGCCCUCUAUGAGGAGGAAAUCUACCUCCUUCAGUCACAAAUCUCGGACACCUUGGUGGUGGUCAAGAUGGACAACAGCUGGGAGCUCAACAUGGACUCAGUUGUGGCGGAGAUCAAGGCUCAGUACGACGAUGUCGCCAGCCGCAGCCGGGCCGAGGCUGAGUGCUGUUACCAAACCAAGUGUGAGGAGAUGAAGGCCACAGUGACCCAGCAGGGCGAGAACCUCCGCAGAACCAAGGAUGAGCUCAAUGAGCUGAACCGCAUGAUCCAGAGGCUGACGGCAGAGGUGGAGAACGCCAAGCAGCAGCGCUGCAAGCUGGAGGCCGCCGUGGCCGAGGCCGAGCAGCAGGGCGAGGCGGCCCUCAAUGACGCCCGCUGCAAGCUGGCCGGGCUGGAGGAGGCCCUGCAAAAGGCCAAGCAGGACAUGGCCUGCCUGCUGAGGGAGUACCAGGAGGUGCUGAACUCCAAGCUGGGCCUGGACAUUGAGAUAGCCACCUACAGGCGCCUGCUGGAGGGCGAGGAGCAGAGGUUGUGUGAAGGCGUGGGCUCGGUCGACAUCUGUGUGAGCCGUUCCCAGGGCGGCGUGGCCUGCCGGGACAUCAGUUCGACUGUUUCUCGUGGCCUGGGGGGCGUGGCCAUCAGCAGUGGCACCCUCUGCUCCCCUUCUGGGGUGGGGGUCUGCUCCAGUGCAAGAUCUGUGUGGUUUGCAUAG